CCAUCAUCCAAAGCGCGUUUCGGAAGUAAAAAAUGGCCGCCGCCAUUCGAUCAAAAGGCAAGUGUAGCUCAUUGAAAGAAUAGAAAUUUUGCCGCAACAUAAAGAUCGUCUCAAGCAACGACUCUGCUGACACUGAAGAUAAAUUUACCCGAAAGCAGAAGCAAUGGAAGAAUUCAAACCCUACCCAACCCAAGCCAUGGCCAGCCAAGCCGAUAUGCCCCCGGCUCAGCUAAUGGUCAGCAGCAACGAAGCGCAUCUGCCGGCCGACCGUCGAUCACCCCAUCAACAGCAAGUCCGAUCCAAACCAGACUACUCCACAUUUGACUCGGUCCAGGCCGUCCAGUACGGCGCCAUUGAUCGGUUGAAAGAACUUGUUGAGAAUGGCUUGGAUGUACAGGAACCGGACAAGGAGAAUGUGACGCUGCUGCACUGGGCUGCGAUCAACAAUAGACUGGAAAUUGCAAGAUACCUCAUCAACCAUGGAGCCGUCAUUGACCAACUGGGCGGAGACCUGAACUCAACCCCUCUCCACUGGGCCACCAGGCAGGGUCACCUACCCAUGGUGGUCCUCCUGAUGCAAUACGGGGCUGACCCCUCCUUGAGGGAUGGGGAGGGGGUAAGUGGGGUCCACCUGUCAUGCCAGUAUGGGCACACGGCCAUCGCAGCCUACCUGGUAGCCAAGGGGCAGGAUCCGAAUCUGCUGGAUGGCAAUGGAAUGUCUCCACUUAUGUGGGCAUGUUAUAGGACGUUCUCAGUUGAUCCAACUCGUCUCCUGUUGACUCUGGGAGCAAAUCCCAAUCUUCAAGACAAGCAUUAUCUCAAUUCUGCCCUGCACUGGGCCACGGCCGUGGGUAAUACGGCGGCCGUCAGCACGCUAUUGCAACAUGGCUCGGAUAGCUUCAUUGAGAACAGCCGGCACGAGACACCGUUAGACGUAGCGAUGUCACGGCGCAAUGGCUACAUUGCCAUGCGUAUCAAGGAGCACCGAGGGGAAUUCCCACACGGCUCAAAGAAAGGGAGCAAGGCCUUACGGAAAUACGUCAUGUGGGCCAUUCCAGCCGUCGUCAUGUUCCUCCUGGGGUUUAUCCCCAAUCUCAGCGCUUCCUACAUCACCAAGGCUGGUCUGUUUGCGUUGAGUGUUGGCCUUGUGUACCUUUCACUACGGUUCUUUGUCGAUAGUCGAGCUGCUCAGCUUUUUCCCAUCGCUUUGGCAGUUGCAACCAAGGUCAUCGUCAACUUCACAUAUUUUGCCUUCUUCUGGCCUUAUGUCAGUGAUCUGUGGAUGAAGGCAGGGUACUUUCUGUCUAUGGGUGCUAUGUUGUACAGCUUCUGGAAGUGCUGGCGGUUCAACCCUGGCGUCAUCAAAAACUCGCAGGAAGACCAGAAAAGGACAAUCGUUGAGAUGGCAGAGACGACAGGCCUGGACCUCAGCAAGUUCUGCACGACCUGCCUGAUCAGGCGACCAAUCAGAUCCAAGCACUGCUCGACGUGUGAUAAAUGCAUCGCAAGAUUCGACCACCACUGUCCCUGGGUAGACAAUUGCAUUGGUUCCUUGAAUCAUCGUUUCUUCAUCAUUUACCUGGGUGCCCUUCCGAUUUCGAGCAUGUUUUACCUGAUGGGUAACGCCCUUUUCUGGGUAGAGUCCUGCCAAACCACAUUUGGGGAGAACGGCCUUUGGAUUUUCAUUGGCGAGGUCAUGUCUUGUUCCCCGUGGACCUUUGUGUUGAGUCUGCAGGUCGCCGUCUACAUGAUGUGGGUCGCCAUGCUAUUUGUUUGUCAGUUUUACCAGGUGAUCUACCUGGGUGUGACAACCAACGAGCGCAUGAACCACACAAGAUAUGAGUAUUUCCGAGACCCCAAGGCACCCAAGGGUCCGUUUCGAGAUGAAGAGCUACACAACCCUUUUCAUCGGGGCGUUCUUCGAAACUUGGUCGACUUCUUCGAGUGCACAUGCUUUGGGCUGUUCCGGCCAAUGAAAGUCGACUGGGCGGUCCAGUUCACGUCUGAGCUCAACCAAUCUGGCACCACCAACUACGUUUAGCGUAGGUCAGGGGUCAUACUUAAUGUAUUCACUCAGCAAUUAAUCUGCAGUAAGUUCAUAUAACAUUGGCAACGUUCGACUUCCAGUCACAGGUAUGUUUUUUAAGGAUUUUAAAAGCUACUUAUUUUAACAGUGACACUUGUAAGAUUGACAUAUUGGGCGCCGCCAUUUUGACAACAGUGUCUUGAUGACAUUAUCGUUCCAAAUGCAAACAUGUUCGCGUGAGUGGAAGCACUGCUGGUUUGUAGCUAAGGCUUUCCCAUUUCAUCAGUAUUUCUCUGCUGUAAUUUUUAUUUCAGGAUUUUGUCACAUAACACUAAAUGUCAUCCCCACUUGUGUGAAAGUUAGUAACUCAAAUUAGGUUUUGCCCUUCACCAAUGUAUAAACACUGUAUACUCAGUGUGUUACCUCCCGAGUGAAAGUUGGAAAAAAAUCACUCGGGUGGGACUCGAACCCACGACCUCCUGCUUUC